AUGCAACUGGAUAGUGGUACUUUGUUUUUCUUAUUCAUUGCCAGUUUGCUUCCAUCACAGUAUGGCGCUGAAGUAUAUAACAUAACUCCUUCACACCCAUUAGUAGAGGGACAAACUCUAGUCUCUCCUGGCCUAAGAUUCGAAUUGGGCUUCUUCACUCUAAACAGUGCUGCUAAUAAGUAUGUGGGGUUGUGGCACAGAAGUAUUUUUCCUCGUAAAUAUGUAUGGGUGGCUAAUAGAGAUAUGCCUAUUGCAACUACAGACACUUUGGCUACUUUGAGAAUUGGCAGAAAUGGGAGUCUUGAGCUUGUAGAUGGGAAGCAGAAUUCUGUGUGGUCAACCAAUGCUACCGUACUGGUUUCAUCAUCUAGUACUAGUUCAGUUGCUGCAUUUCUUUCAGAUGAUGGAAACUUUGUAGCCAAAGAUGUUGUUAAAGCUGGUCAACCAAUAUGGCAGAGCUUUGAUUAUCCUGGUGACACUAUGCUACCUACCCAGAGGGUUGGAUACAAUUCUAAAUCUAAAUACAGCAGUUUCUUGACUGCCUGGAAAAGUGAAAGUGAUCCAUCUAGUGGGAUAUAUACAGCUGAAGAAGGGCGGGCAACAGAGAUGCCACCACAAGUGAUCAUUCGGGUCAAUCGAUCAACUCCCUUCUGGAGAAGUGGGCCAUGGGACAAAUCAAAGUUCAUCGGCGUGCCAGAUAUGGAUGAUCGAUAUCGUAGUAUUUUUGAACUAGAAGAUAGUGGAACAGGGAACACUAUAUUUCUCAUUAAGCUAUUUGACACUCAUGCAGCAUAUCUAGACAUCUCUUCACAAGGAAAAAUAAAGCUUAUGUAUGCAGACAAUGGUAGGAACUGGUCACUCUACUGGAAGGCACUAGAGAAUCCAUGUGACAAGUAUGGAGCGUGUGGCCCUUUUGGGAUUUGCAAAGCUUCUGAAUCUACAAUCUGUAACUGUAUGAAAGGGUUUGUGCCAAAGUCACACCAGAAAUGGAGUAAGGGAGACUGGACGGGAGGGUGUGUAAGGAAAACCGAAUUGUCCUGUGACAGACAAACAACAAAGAGGUCAGUACCAUUGCAAGGAAAACAAGAUGAUAAUGAUGAUAGGUUUUGGAAGAUAAUAGGGGCAAAAGUACCAGAUUAUUACGAGUAUAUGACAUCUUUCAGUGCUCAAUACAUGCCCAAUGAAUGCAAGACGCGGUGCUUAAAUAAUUGUUCUUGCUUGGCUUAUGCAUAUGUUAAUAAUAUAGGGUGUUUGGUCUGGUCCAAAGACCUUAUAGAUAUACAGGAGUUCUCCAUGGGAGGAGUUGAUAUUUAUAUUCGCGUAGCAAACAAAGAACUAGGUGAAGGAAAACCAAUUAAGUUGAUUGCCAGCCUUACAGCUAUUGGCUUGAUAAUUAUCUUGGCUGCCAUAGUGUUUGCUUUGCACAGAUUGCGGUCUAACCAAAAGAAAUCAGUUCCAACUUCUAGGGACACUCUUCGAGAAUAUAUCGGAGAACAUGAUUCACCAGAGCUAUUGAUAUAUGAUUAUGAUACAAUGUUAACUGCUACAGAUAAUUUUAGCAUUACAAACAAACUCGGGCAAGGAGGCUUUGGUCCUGUUUAUAGGGGUAUACUACAUGAUGGGAAGGAAAUAGCUGUAAAAAGACUAUCUAGUAGCUCAGGACAAGGCAUUGAAGGGUUCAAGAAUGAGAUGAUGUUGAUCUCCAAUCUUCAACACAAAAAUCUUGUUCGGAUGAUGGGUUGCUGUGUUAAAGAGGAUGAGAAGUUACUGGUUUAUGAGUUCAUGCCAAACAAAAGCUUGGAUACGUGUCUGUUCGAUCCAAUGAGGAGAGGAGAGCUUGACUGGAAGAGACGCUUUAAUAUUAUUCAGGGUGUUGCUAGAGGACUUCUUUAUCUCCAUCAUGAUUCAUAUGUGAAGGUAAUACAUAGAGAUCUAAAAGUCAGCAAUAUUCUCCUGGAUGAAAAAAUGAACCCAAAAAUUUCAGAUUUUGGAUUGGCCCGAAUAGUUGAAGGAACAUGGUGUGUAGAAAAUACUCAGAAGGUAGUGGGAACACGUGGCUAUAUGUCUCCAGAGUAUGCCAUGGGUGGUAUGUUUUCCGAAAAAUCUGAUGCCUACAGUUUCGGGGUUUUGCUGUUGGAGAUUAUUAGCAGCAACAAGAAUAACAGCUUCUUUUUGUAUGACCAACAGCAAGGGUUUCUAGCCCAUGCAUGGAACUUGUGGAAUGGAGGUAGGGGAUUGGAAUUGGUAGAUGAAGUAUUGGGUGAUUCAUAUUCCUCAUCAGAAGUACUGAAAUGUGUGCAUAUCGGGCUUCUUUGUGUACAAGAUAAUGCUGCGGAUAGACCAACCAUGAUCGAUAUAGCUUUAAUGCUAAGUAGCGAGAAAGAUGGUUCCCAGCCUAAGAGGCCUGUAUUCACUAUCCAAAACUCAUCUUCUCAUCCUCAACUGCAUUAUGAACAUACUAGUUCCUCCACGAAUGGUACAAUUAUGGUGAUUGAAGGACGAUGA